GGGGCGGUGGUGGACUGUCAGUGGAUAUUUGGCAGAUACUGUACGUUUCCACGCAUGGAUGAAGUUAAGUAAUGAUUCAUCUCUCGGGCUUAAUCGUUAAAUUGUGUUAAGCACAACAGCCUCGGUUUAACGUUAACGACACCUGACAGGUGACCUUUGGUUUGGUUGUCGUCGCGAGGGACCUGGGAAGGGACAACGGCAGGAACGUUAGCUAAAUUAGCUUAGGAACGGUAGCCAUCAGGAAGAAGUGUCACCGCUCGCUCCAGCUCUCUCUACAGGGACGAGGAGAAGCCAGUCUGCAGCCAUGGCUGCCCUCAGUAACUCGGGAGCCACUUCUAGUCCCAUGGUGAUCCUGGCGCCGAAGACUAAAACGAAAAAGAAACACUUUGUACAGCAGAAGGUGAAGGUGUUUCGAGCUAGCGACCCCGUCCUCAGCGUCUUCCUGUGGGGCGUCAAUCACUCGAUAAACGAUCUGAACCAGGUGCCUGUUCCUGUCAUGCUGCUCCCUGAUGACUUCAAAGCAAACACCAAGAUUAAAGUCAACAACCACCUCUUCAACAAAGAAAAUCUUCCAGGACAUUUCAAGUUCAAAGAAUACUGUCCUCAGGUCUUCAGAAAUCUAAGGGAACGGUUUGGUAUAGAGGAUUUGGACUAUCAGGUUUCAUUAACCCGCAGCUCUCCUAUGAGGAAUGCAGAUGACCAGGGAGACUGUCUGCUGCUCAACUCCUAUGACCGCACGCUGGUCAUCAAACAGAUCUCCAGUGAAGAUGUCGCAGACAUGCACAGCAUCUUGUCAGAGUAUCACCAGCACAUAGUGAAGUGUCACGGCAGCACCCUGCUGCCACAGUUCCUGGGUAUGUACCGGGUGAGCGUGGACAACGAGGAGACCUACCUGAUCGUCAUGAGGAACAUGUUCAGCCACAGACUGGUUGUACACAGGAAGUACGACCUGAAGGGCUCUCUUGUGGCUCGUGAAGCAAGCGACAAAGAAAGGGUAAAAGAGCUCCCCACCUUUAAAGACAUGGACUUCAGGAACAACAUGCAGAAGGUUUACGUCACUGAGGAGCAGAAGGAGAAGUUCAUGGAGAAACUCAACAGAGAUGUGGAGUUUCUGGUGAGGCUGAAGAUCAUGGACUACAGUCUGCUGCUUGGCAUUCAUGACGUGGGUCGAGCAGAACGAGAAGAGGAGGAAGGCGAGGAGGUUUCUAAUGAAGAGGACCCAGAAGCGGAGAACGGUCUGACAGCAGGGGCCACAGUGGGCUCUUACGGCACGUCUCCUGAGGGAAUCGCUAGUUACAUGUCUGCCUGCAAACCUCUGGGGCCUGGGGAGUUUGACCCCUACGUGGACGUGUAUGCAGUCGGAAGCUGUGCAGGAGCCCCUCAAAGGGAGGUCUAUUUCAUGGGCCUGAUUGACGUCCUCACUCAGUACGACACCAAGAAGAAAGCCGCUCACGCAGCAAAAACUGUCAAACAUGGGGCUGGAGCUGAAAUCUCCACAGUCCACCCCGAGCAGUAUGCCAAACGAUUCCGAGACUUUAUCUCAAACAUUUUUGCGUAAUAAACACUGCUGUAAGUCAAUCCAA